GCUUCAUUAUCCCCUUUUCUCUUUUUCUCCUCUAGUGCUAUUUUUGCUGCUCCGGUCGGGGUGACUAACCCCUGCCUUUUGCUACUUCACCAUGUCUGUCAGAAAGAAUUCCGUUGCCUCUGUGGCCCCUAGUGAAGCCCCCCAAGUAGAUCAGGGUUCCCCUGCGCAGGAUAGGAGGUCCGAGGUGAUCCACCCGGACGACCAUGAGGUGGCACUGCAAAGAUCCAUAUCUAAUGCCAUUAUAACCGCCAUGGGUUCGAUGUCAUCUGCAUUGACCCAGUCUAUAUCUCAGGCCCUUAUGGCGCGCCCUGCUACUACUACCCAGGUUUUGGUCCCACCUCCAGGACCACCUCCUAUUGUCUCCAGAACACCUCAGAUUGAUGGGCCAUCCCCAUCCCAAGACAACGCGCUUCAGUCGCGUAAACGAGCUUGUACCCGCCAGGCAGAAAAAACGCGGGCAUGGAAGACUGCCAGGUCUCUACCUGAGCCUAGGUCAGACUCUGAUAGGGAGUCAGAGGAGGAGACUCAUGACAACGUCUAUGAAUUGACGGAUGAGGUGGAGGACGAUUUGGCGGAUAUUGCUGUGGAUCCGGUUCGUAAUCUAGACCCGGAAGCCCCGUUACUACAACAGGGAUCAGCAGAGGAUCUCUUAUUGGAUCCGUCUGGGGAACCGCUGUUUAACCCCGAGGAGCUGCAUCAUCCCCGCUCCGCGGAAUGGAUGCCCGCCACACAUGUGGCGCAGUAUAUGGAGGCUCGCAUACGCAAUCCGCUUAGUAAGGAAUCGCGUAAUAAGUUGCGGGCGGAGUGCCCUCGUCCUUUAAUACCACACAAAGUGUGCGAGACGCCAUCAGUGGAUCCAAAGAUGGUCCAGUUUCUGGCGAAGACGGGGUUUAACCCCCGUAAAGGGCUAGACGCGGCCUUGAAGGCUGUCCAAGACAAGCUACUGGACAUUACAGGUCCUUUAGCAAAGAUUUUCGAUUUGGCUGAGUCCGCUAUCGCGGCAGGUAGCCAGGUAGACCCUAUAGAAUUGAGAGGUUGGGCCCAGCGAGCCAUAUGCGUAGCGGGUAAUACCAAUACCUCGCUCGCCAUUGAAAGGCGGAAGGCAAUACUAAUUAAGAUCGAGCCAAAGCUCUCGAACUUGGCAUUGACUGAAGCGGGCAAGGACGCCCAGGGGUUGCUCUUUGGCGACUCUUUUAUUAAAGAGCUAGGGAAAUAUGUAGGAGCUUUUACGGCUCUUGAUAAAGCCCAGACUUCGAUGCGUCGAGUCUUUCAAGGGCGUUUUUCCAACAGGGCCGGCAGUGCUAGGGGCCGACUGUCCGGCCGUUCCAACUUUCAUGCCAGAGGUUCCGGCAGAGGCUCCUUUAAUUAUAGAGCAUCCCUCCAGGAUCAGAGACAUCAGCCGUCCUUUUUUCCCUCACGAGGCGCUCCCUUCAGGUCACGAGGUUUCCGAGGGAAUCCAGGCUCCCGUCGACCAUUCGGUAAGUUAUGUUCUUCGUCCCCCUCCUUUUUUAGACCAUUUAGUCGGGGGCAGACUCCGAUUCUUUUCUCAUGUGUGGUCAGGCAUAACCUCAGACCAAUGGGUCCUUUCUACUGUGCAGGGGUUCACAAUAGAUCUGAUUGCCGAUCCGAGCUCCAUCCCAGCCCCCCCUACGGUACCACUGUCCUAUGCGGCACGGUCCCAAUUUCAGAGGGAAUUGUCGGAUCUUCUGCAGAAAGGCGCGAUCGAACGCGCACCGGAGAAUCGUGGGGGUGUCAUCAGCAGUAUUUUCCUGGUGCAAAAGAACAAUUUUGUACAAUACCGACAUUUCAAGAUGGAGGGCAUCCAUCUUUUGAGGGAUCUGCUCCUUCCAGGCGAUUGGUUGGCCAAGAUAGAUCUCCAAGACGCCUAUCUCACGGUCCCAGUGUCCCCCUCUUCAAGAGACCUGCUGCGGUUCCUGUGGAACGGUCAGGCCUGGCGCUUCACCUGCCUUCCGUUCGGCCUGUCCUCCGCCCCCUGGUGCUUUACCAAGAUCAUGCGCCCAGUGGUGGCUUGGCUUCGCAGCAGAGGUGUUCGUCUGAUCGUCUACCUGGACGAUAUCUUGAUCAUGGCCCAAUCACGGGCUCUCUUGUUGAGACACCUCCACUUGACGGUGACGCUCGUUUCCGACUUGGGGUUCAUUGUCAACCAGGAGAAAUCCUGUUUGACCCCCUCCAGAUCCAUAGAGUUCUUGGGUUUCCAGGUGAACUCGGAAGAAUUAUCCCUCAGUCUUCCACUCUCGAAAGUCAAGGCUAUCCGCAAGGAGUUGAAGCAUGCUCUACGCCUACCUCAGAUGUCGUUGCGGCAUUUGGCAAGGAUAAUCGGACUUCUGGCCUCCUCAAUACAGGCCAUUUUCCCAGCCCCCCUCCAUUAUCGUGCGUUGCAGCGCCUCAAAAUUGCUCACCUUCGGUCGGGGGCCUCUUACGCAGAUUUGGUCUCAUUAGAUGCCGAGACGACGGACGAGAUGAGAUGGUGGAUCCACAACCUGUCAGUGUGGAAUGGCAGAGCGAUCGUGGGUCCCCAACCGGAUCUGAUCAUAGAAUCCGAUGCGAGCCUGCACGGAUGGGGAGCACAUUGCAGUGGUGUGUCCACGGGCGGUCCAUGGUCUCCAGAAGAAUCCCAUCUUCACAUCAACGCCCUGGAACUCCUAGCAGGGUCGUUUGCCAUUCGCAGUUUUGCCAAUGGUGUGGUCAGCUCAGCCAUCAGGCUCCGCAUGGACAAUAUAUCUGCGGUCAGGUACGUCAAUUGUAUGGGUGGCACACGGUCGGUGGUUCUGACCCAUUUGGCGAAGGAUUUUUGGGAAUUCUGUCUCGACAGGAACAUCUCUGUGGUGGCCGAGUACCUUCCAGGCCUUCACAACACUCUGGCGGACUGGAGUUCUCGCUACAUAUCGGACUCCAGCGACUGGAAGUUAGACGAGACGGUUUUUUCUGCUAUUUCUUCUCUGUGGGGUCCCUUUGCAGUCGACCUCUUCGCUUCCCGUUUGAAUACCCAACUGCCCAGGUUUUUCAGCGGGAGGCCGGAUCCCUUGGCGGAGGCAGUGGACGCUCUGCUUCAACAUUGGGGAGGAGCGUUGAUGUACGCAUUCCCUCCCUUCGCGCUCAUUCCACGAGUGCUCCUUCAGGUUCGUCAGCAGUUGGCGAACCUGGUUCUGAUUGUUCCGUUUUGGAGAACCCAGUCCUGGUUCCCUCAGAUCCUGGAACUUCUAGUGGACUUUCCGUUUCUCCUUCCCACUCAGGUGUCACUACUCCAAGGGCCUGCAGGAGAAGUUCACCCACUCCUGCAGAACGGGUCGCUACGCCUCCUAGCUUGCAAGAUAUCGGGAGUCCAGGAGGAGGCGCUGGACUUUCAGGAACAGCUAGGUUCUUAUUGGACUGCGCUUGGGCGCCCGGGACGAGACGGGCUUAUCGAGCCGCCUGGGGUUCUUGGUCUCGCUGGUGCGUCGACCGGACUCUGGAUCCCGUUACGGCCCCUGUCAAUUCCAUCUUAGCCUUUUUAUCCUCACUUUUUGAGGCAGGGAAGGCUUACCGCACCAUCAAUGUCUUUAGGUCAGCAAUUUCCUCCAGACACAACGGUUUCGACGGCCGUCCAGCGGGUCAACACCCCCUGGUCUGUCGUUUACUCAAGGGUUCACGUUUGGCCCGACCACCUCGGCCACGGUUUUCGUCUACCUGGGAUGUGUCGGAUGUCUUGCAAUUUCUAGUCAGUUGGCCCUCAAAUGAGCUAUUGUCGUUACGUCAGUUAUCGGCCAAAUUGGUCACUUUAUUCUGUUUAAUCUCCUGUAAGAGAGUUUCGGAUGUGCGUGCUUUGGAUUGGGACGCCAGAUCCUUCACCCCGGAGGGGGUCCACUUUAACAUUUCCCGUCGCACGAAAACCAGUAUCCGGUCGGUCUCUUACCCCCGUUUUCCGACUUCUCCACAGCUAUGUCCUGUAGCGUGCUUACGCGAGUAUGAGGACAGAACCCGUCCACUGCGGUCUCUUUCUCUCCCCCACUUAUUCAUUUCGUUUCGCAGCCCGUUUGCUCCGGUUACCAGUGUUACGUUAUCUCGCUGGGUCAAGUGGAUUCUAUCCCUUUCCGGGAUUGAUACGUCUAUCUUCACGGCACAUUCGGUCCGCAGUGCGACAGCUACGUCCAUGACGUUAUCUGGGGCUCGUUUGGAGGAUGUUAUGAGAUUGGCGGAUUGGUCCAGAUCUUCCACUUUCCGGGAGUUUUAUUUCCGACCGGCUUCGCAUGCUUUUGAUUCUAUAGUGGCUCAGCUUUAA